AUGGGACUGCAAGAGAUUAGAUCAAUUCGCUAUUCUAAUUCUGGUAAAUAUAUAGCAUGUUCAUUCCUAUUUAUUCAAUUAUGAGACCAAAAUUCAAAAAUAACUUCAGACUUAAUAGUUAAUGACGCCGAGUCUUUAAAAAUUUGUUUUUCAAAAUGCGAUAAAUAUCUUGCAUCUGCAUGUUCUGAUGGGUGCAUUAGGAUAUGAAAUAUCGAAAAUGCUGAAAUUACUUAUAGAAGUUUCCUAUGUUUGGCGCUGUAAGGCCGAUAAAUUCUGAUCGGAAUUUAUCGGUUGGUUGCACCAAAUCAAUGCCUUGGUCGGACCAAAAAGCGAUUUGGUCCGACGGACUUGGAAAGCUCCUGGGAAAAUGUCUGCGCUUUCAGCGCUAUAUAGAGGAAACCUCUAUACAUUAUAAUGGCUCAUGCAGAAGUUUAUCAAAAUCCGUUUUUUGGCCUUAGUAUGGAUAUGUUUGAUAGGGUGCAUGAUUUAAUUACUGCUUUAGAGUAUUCGAAUUGUGGCCGAUAUUUAUUAAGUGCUGGAAAUGAUGGAUAUGUUAAAAUUAUUGAUUUAGUAACACAGAACAGUUUCUACGAAAUUAAAGCCCAUAUGCAAAAAGUACUUUCUGCUAGCUUUUCAAUAGAUGGGAAUUGGAUUAUUUCGACAGGAGGUGGAGGGAUCAGAGUAUGGGACUUUAAACAAAUAUUGGCGAAAAAGAAGCAUAUUUUAAAAAUAGAAAAAUCAGAGUGUGAGAAAUUAAUAAUGGUAUCAGAAGAUCGUCAUGAAUAG